AAAGCAAGGAGUGUCGGGAAUGGCGACCAAGCGGCUCGCGCGGUACUCGAGGGAGUUCCGGGUCGGGGGCGGGUAGCUCCGGGUCCAGCGCUGGCGUUGGCCGUAGAGCAGGGCGCGGCAGGUGGCAUCUGCGGUGAGGGCCUCUAUUCCCCGCAGCCCCGGCGUCUGCGACCUGCCCUCUCUGGCACGGUUGGAAAGGCGCCUCCCUGGACCUCGGUCUUCAGCCUUGGGCCACCUUCUACCCGAGGGUGACAGGAGCCCGAGGCGGACGAACCCUGGGGCCUUGACUGUGUGGCCUUGAGCCAGUGCCUGCCUAUUUUAGGCCUUGGGAAACGACUGGACGUGACAGUGCCCUGCAGACUGGUUGGAGGUCUCAGACAGGCCACACACUGAAUCCGUCAAGGUGUUCAACCUGUUUGAAAUGCUCGUUCCUCGGUGCUGUAAAGAAAUAGAACUUAAACUUAAAUUUAAUUUAUUUAGUAAGGCCAUUUUUACUUCCUGCAGAAAGGGUACACUCGCCAGCAGUUUUGCCAGGAGAGUACACUGAACAAAGGAGACAGGGUCAUUUAUAACGUGGCGCGUCCACCCUACUGCUGUGUCCGGUUUCCUUUGGCUGGAACGGGACCUCACAUUCUGUAUUUGUCCCGAUUGACUAGCAACAUAGAACUUUUUAAAAGAGGCAAAGGCAGAGGAGAACAAAGGAAGAAGGAAGUAACUUGUGGAAUGCUGAGAAAGGGUCUCGCUCUGUUGCCCAUGCUGGAGUGCAGUGGCAUGAUCUCGGCUCACUGCAGUUUCCACCUCCCGGCCUCAAGCAAUCCUCCCACCUUAGCCUCCUGAGUAGUUGGGACUACAGGCAGCUUGGAUUAAUUAGGAGAAAGUCAAUUGCGCCAGCAAAUGGAAAUCUAGGAAGAAGCAAAUCCAAGCAGUUGUUUGACUACUUAAUUGUCAUUGAUUUUGAAUCAACAUGCUGGAAUGAUGGGAAGCACCACCAUAGCCAGGAAAUAAUUGAGUUUCCAGCAGUGUUGCUGAACACAUCAACUGGACAGAUUGACUCUGAGUUCCAGGCUUAUGUUCAACCUCAGGAACAUCCAAUUCUUUCAGAAUUUUGCAUGGAAUUGACAGGCAUAAAGCAGGCUCAAGUUGAUGAAGGAGUCCCUCUGAAGAUUUGCUUAUCUCAGUUCUGUAAAUGGAUUCAUAAGAUUCAGCAACAGAAGAACAUUAUUUUUGCUACUGGGGUUUCAGAGCCUUCUGCUUCUGAAGUAAAAUUAUGUGCAUUUGUUACUUGGUCAGACUGGGACUUGGGGGUUUGCCUGGAGUAUGAGUGUAAAAGAAAACAGCUGUUAAAACCUGUGUUUUUAAAUUCUUGGAUUGAUCUCAGAGCAACUUACAAGCUUUUCUAUAGGAGAAAACCAAAAGGACUAAGUGGUGCCUUGCAGGAAGUAGGAAUAGAAUUCUCAGGACGAGAACAUUCUGGGUUGGACGAUUCUCGGAAUACUGCCCUUCUUGCUUGGAAAAUGAUCAGAGAUGGUUGUGUAAUGAAAAUUACAAGGUCGUUGAACAAGGUUCCCACUAAGAAGAAUUCCAGCAUUCUGGCCAGAAAUUUGAAUACAAUUCAAGUUGAAGAAAUGUCUGCCUGUAACAUUAGCAUCCAGGGUCCCAGCAUAUAUAAUAAGGAGCCUAAAAAUACAAUAAAUCCUCAUGAAAAAGUUCAAAUGAAGUCAAUUUGUGCAAAUUCUCCUAUAAAGGCACAACAGGAUCAAUUACAAGUAAAAAACAAUAUAAAAGCAAGUCUUCAUCAUGUCAAAAGUUCCUUACCUCUUUUUAAUACUAAGUCCUCUACUUCUGUGGGGCAGUUGCAGUCUCCUACCUUGAAUUCACCUAUCUAUAUGCAAAAGCAAGGAAAAAAUGAACAUCUUGCAUUUAAUACCAAAUCUAAGGCUUCAACAGUUGGUUCAGAAUUGGUACUUGUUUCUACCACCGUUCCAACUGUUCAUCAUGUUUCUGAUUUGGAAAUGAGCUCUACUCUGGACUGUUUACCUGUGUUGGCUGAUUGGGAGGAUGUGGUUUUACUGCCAGCAUCUCAGCCUGAGGAAAACGUAGACUGUACAGUUCCCAUUAGUGACUCAGACUUAGAGAUUUCAUUUAAUUCUGGAGAAAGAUUAAUGGUUUUGAAAGAAUUGGAAAUGUCAAGUCAUGAAAACUUUGGAGACAUAGACGAAACUCCUCAAAAAUCUGAGACUUCUAAGUCUAUUGUGUACAAGAGUCCUCACACUACUAUUUAUAAUGUAAAAGAAGCCAAAGAUCCAGGUUCAGAUAUUUCUGCCUUUAAGUUACCUGAACACAAAUCAAGUACCUUCAACAGAGUUAAUGCCAAUAUGUCUCAUCCUUUAGUUUUGGGGAAACAUCCUCUUCUUUCAGGUGGUACCAAAAGGAAUCCAUGCAGUCCCCAAGCUUUCCCACCAGCAAAAAAACAACCCUUCACUAUUCAUGAAGAAAAGCCUACAUCAUCUGAUUGCUCCCCAGUAAGAAGUUCUUCCUGGAAGCGUCUCCCAUCUAUAUUAACUUCUACAGUUAACCUACAAGAGCCUUGGAAGAGUGGGAAAAUGACACCUCCAUUAUGCAAGUGUGGUCGGAGAUCUAAGAGACUUGUUGUUUCUAAUAAUGGACCGAACCACGGAAAAGUCUUCUAUUGUUGCCCUAUCGGGAAAUACCAAGAAAACAGAAAAUGUUGUGGUUAUUUCAAAUGGGAACAAACACUUCAAAAGGAAAGAGCCAACAGCAUGGUUCCAUCUCAUUCCACAGGGGGUCUCACUUUUAAUUCUCCAGAAACAAGCCAUAUUUGUGACAGAAAUUUAAGUAUUUCCACCAAAAAUUCUUUGAGACUCAGGCCUUCAAUGAGGAAUUGAUAACCUUUCAUGUAUGAAUCCUAAUUGUUCCUUGAAUUUCCAAACAUGAGUAUUCUGAUAACAUCUUACACUAUUUUAUUUUUAUUUUAUAUAUUAAUGUUUACUGCAUUUACCAUACUUUCUUCAGGAACCACAAGUGUAAUCUUUUGUAAACAGUAUUUAUUAGAUUACAUAUAAUAAGCAACAAUAGUAUAUGAUCCUUCUUUUAUAGUUAGACCUUGAAACAAGUCUAAACUAUUUUUAAAUUAUUUGCAAAAAAUGUGACUAAUAAAAAUCCCUAGUCUAUUUUCAGGUAGAUUCUUGUACUUUGAGAUUAUCAUAAUCUUCUAACUGAUAUUUUAUAUUUUUCUAAAAACUUUUAUAAGUUCUUUAGUUUUAUUUCAUGGCUUGAACAUUGGUUCUGAUUUGUAUAUCAACAUAUCAGAAGAAUUAGUCAACUAAAGUUUGAAAACCUAUGUAGCAGAGAUCUGGUUCAGAAACUGCUUCUAUACUAUACAUUUAAAAAUUAAUCAGCAAUUGAUGGUAUUAUUUUUAUAUUAAGAAAUGAUAGGAACAUUGACACUAAUGUGGAGGAAUUUGCCAAAUAUUUUAUUUCAAAAUUUAGCCUCUGAUAUCAUAACCACAAGAUAUUUUAAAUCAACAGUUUCUAAGCAUACUACCACAGUUUUUAUGACCUCUCCAUCAUCUUGUGGUUUCUAGAGAUUGACAGAUACUAUGUUUGUUUUAUAGAUAUGGUAAUUAAUGAAACAACUUUAAAUUGUCUUCCAUUCUUUCUUCCUCAGUUCAUUUCUUUUUGUCUUCCCACUGAUAGUCUUUGGCAGCUCUUGAAUAAAUUCUACCUGUUGGCAUCAAGGGGAAGAAAAUUAGCCUGGAAAUUUUUAUCUUUACAUAAAGCCAAUUAUAUAGCAGUUUGAUUAUGAAUUCUAGGUGGAAGAAUUAGAAUAGUCUUUGGAAUGGGUUUUGGGUAACAGCCAAAAUAGGGAAAAGGGUAUUGUUAGGAAACUUGUCUUGAUAUUAAGUAUUUACUGUGAGUCCAGUAAGCCAAAGGACCAAACAAAAUAGGUUCAGGGUUUCAUUUUAAUCUCAAAGAGUCUGAUUCUUACCCAUAUGUCAUCAGUUCAGUUUGGGACAUGUGGUGCAGCAUGUGUGAAGAAAAUAUUCAUUAAAAUGUAAAAAUAAACAGUUGAAAUUGUCCACAACACUGAGCAAAUAUUCGUUAUAAUUAGGAUGCCUACCUUUCUGGGAUAUUUGUAAGGUGCUGUAGUUUUUUUAACAUGCUCCUGAAUCUCCUUUAUUAGUUGUUCUUGAUCAUGUGACUUGUAAUCAGGAUUUAGAACGACAAAAGCCUUUACUACCUAAAAUAAAUAUUUGAAACACCAGGAAAA